CUGCAACACUACCCGCUAUCAUAUCCAAUCGCCAUUAUUGUCAACCCGCCCAAGACUCCAAGAGGCUGGCAAUCGAUUAUUCGAUAGAUCGUUCAUCCCUGAACCCAGUGCCCACAGCCCUGUACAAACCAAUCACAGCCCUGCAAACAGCCCCUGUCCAUCUCAGCUCCAGACCAUCAAGCCCGUUGUUGGGUUCGCGGUCUGGGGCGGCCCACCCGAAGCUAGAGAACGGCUGCACCUCCACCUCCCCAUCCACAUCCACCUCCAAGUUCGAGGAGGCGUCAGUAGCUUCUCCUUCUCUACUCCACUCCACUCCUCGACAUAUCUUCAAUCAUGCCGUUUAUAUUUUCAAUAAUAAUCGCUGCAUCUGCAUGCUCGACCCCACUGCAAUGACCGGUCCCGAUACCGUGCUGGAUGGGGUCGUGGGGUUACUGAGGCGGGAGCUUGGCCUGAACGCAUCAGAUCCUCGAGUCGGCUCCGCGCGCGACAAUUCCACUGCGACGAACGUCAAGAAGCUAGUCGAGCCAACCAACUCCGCUUCCUUCGCGGCGCUGUUCUCGACGCUCGUCCCGGUCCUGGUGUAUGCGGCGAUAUGUCUGUCCUUGUUCAUUGUGGGGAGGAAGUUCUUCCCCAGGGUGUAUUAUCCCCGGACGUUUCUGAGCAGUCUUGCGCCGCAUGAACGCUCGAAAGCUCUACCGGAUGGAUGGUUCAAUUGGAUAAUCCCGUUUUGGAAGACGCCUGAUAUUGAGAUUCUGAAUCAUGCCUCGCUGGAUGGGUUCUUGUUUCUGCGGUAUAUCAAGAUGCUUACUGUUAUUUGCAUAGUGGGAUGCUGUGUUACUUGGCCGGUUCUGUUCCCGAUUCAUGUUUAUGGUGGGGGAGGGACUAAGGAGUUGGAUAUGUUGACGUUUGGAAAUGUGAAACAUACGAGUUGGUUGUGGGCACAUGCUAUGGUUGGUUGGGUGUAUUUUGGAUUUAUUCUAUACCUGGUCGCUAGAGAAUCAGUCUACUUUAUCAACCUCCGACAAGCAUACCUUCUCUCACCCCACUACGCCAAUCGCCUCUCUUCCCGAACCGUCCUCUUCACAUGCGUUCCGAACCAAGUUCUCGACGAGAAGAAACUCCGUCGCAUCUUUGGCGAAAGCGUGAAGAAUAUCUGGAUCCCAAGAGACACAGAUGAUCUCGACGAUCUCGUCAAGGAGAGAGAACAGACGGCUGAUCGACUGGAAAGAGCCGAGAUUGAACUCAUCAAGAAAGCAACAGCCGCAUACAAAAAAGCCGUCAAGAAUGGCCAUCCAAAUAUCGAAGUUUUGUCACAGACACCAUCACCUAGAGGAUCAGGCGAGAAGACCGAACCGAAAACAGUGGAUAUCUCGGUCCGGAGCAGAUCUCCCACCUCUUCAAACCAACCUCAGUCCCCCGACGCAAUCACCAGCCCAACAUCCACCUCGUCUUUCCCCACCAACUCAGCACCUUUCACCUACUCCCCUCCACCCGACAUCAACGGCUCCUUCGCCGCACAAUGGAUCCCCGCCAGCCAGCGGCCCUCCCACCGACCCAUCGCCAACUACGGCCGCCGAGUCGACACCAUAAAAUGGACGCGCAACCAACUCAAGAAAUUAGCUCCGGAAAUCAACAAGCUGAGAAGGGAAUACAGGAAGGGGAAACCGCGACCGAUUCCAGCUGCGUUUGUGGAGUUCCAGACGCAGAGCGAUGCCCAGAUUGCGUAUCAGACGCUGGCGCACCAUAGGGCGAAUCAUAUGCAGGCGGAGAUUGUGGGGAUUGUGCCAGAGGAGAUUGUGUGGGAUAGUAUGUAUUUCCCGUGGUGGCAGAGGAUUAUUAGGAGGUUUGUGAUACAGGGGUUUGUAGUUGCGAUGGUUAUCUUUUGGGCCAUUCCAGCUGCUAUUGUUGGCAUGGUAUCCAAUAUCAAGGAUAUCACUGAAAAAUUAACUUUCCUAGCAUGGAUUAAUGACCUGCCAAAAGUCGUACUUGGUCUUAUUCAAGGACUUCUCCCCGCUGUAGCUCUCUCAAUGCUCAUGGCCAUUGUUCCAAUGAUAAUGAGAGCCUGCGCUCGUCAAGCCGGCGUAGCAACCCAAUCCCGAAUCGAACUCUUCGUCCAGAACUCCUACUUCCUCUUCCAAGUCCUACAAGUCUUCCUCGUCACAACACUCACCUCGACCGUCGCCUCAGCCUUCACAGAUCUAAUCAAGAACCCAAUGGGAGUCCGCAAACUGCUCUCCACGGCUUUACCAAAAGCGAGUAAUUUCUACAUCAGCUAUUUCAUCCUGCAGGGUCUGGCAAUGAGUGCGACUAGGAUCGUGCAUCUGGGUGGAUUGAUUAGACAUCAGUUGUUGCGGUGGGCGGGGGGACGACCGAGGAUUAUAGCGAGGAGGUAUCAUCGUUUGAGGAAGAUUCAUUGGGGGAGUGUGUUUCCGAUGUUUACUAAUAUGGGGGUAAUUGCAAUAACAUACUCCCUCAUCGCCCCCCUAAUCCUCGGCGUCGCCACCCUCUGUCUCUCCCUCGUCUACCUAACCUACAAAUACAACCUCCUCUACCUCUACUCCUCCUCCCCGGACUCAAGAGGAAUAUUCUACCCGCGAGCUCUCAAACAAACUCUCACAGGCGUCUACCUCGCCGAAAUCUGCAUGGUCGGACUCUUCGGUCUAAAAGGCGCAUAUGGACCUCUGGUUGUGACAUUCGGACUAGUCAUCUUCACCACGCUCGUGCACGUAAGUUUGAACGCGGCGUUAAGCCCUUUGUUGUUCAAUCUACCCCGGACGCUGGCGGUGGAAGAGGAGUUGAGGAGGAUGGGGAAUCCGCCUUUCUUAGCGGAAGUGUUCAGUGAUAUGAAUGAUCCCAUGCACGACGGUGACGAGGAAGCAAAACUCGAAGACGCAGAUACACAUCACCACCCUGCCGAUACAGGAUACGACUCGGAUUUCGACCCUUCGCAACCAAACUCGUCCCCCUCCCACGGCGACCAAACCUCCCGCUCCCUCCCAGGCGCACCAGAAGGCACCUCCCGCAUCAUCACCCUCUCCCACCGCACCCUCCGCUCCCACCUCUCAAAAGCAUACCACUCCUCCCCGCUCCCCUCCCUAAUUUCCCAUCUCGACUUCUGGACUUACUGGAUCACACCUCCACCCACGACUAAACCAAACUUCCUCCUCGCCUUCCUCCACCCGGAAAUCUUCGCCGAUUAUCAUAUCCUCCGCAGUCAGAUCCCAGAGGAUGUCGCCUCGACGGGGGAGGAGAUCCAGGAUGCGUAUACGGCGGAGGUGUUGAAGGAUGCGUAUUCUCCGCCGGCGAUGCGGAAGAGGACCCCCAGGAUUUGGAUCCCGAGGGAUGGGGUGGGGUUGGGGGGUGGUGGUGGGGUGAGUGGGCAGGAGGUUAGGCAUUGUAAUGGUGAUGGUGGGGGAGGGGUAGGAGGAGGAGGAGGGAGUGGGAGUGGGAGUGGAGUCGAGUGUAGAGAGGAGGAGGCGUGGUUGGAUGAGAGGACGGGGCAGGUUAGGUGUGAGUUGGAGGGGGGUGUGGUGGAGGAGUGGUGUUUGGAGAGGGGGGAGAGGGUGAGGUUUUGAUUUUUGGUUUUGGUUUUGCGUGAGUGGGCUGUAAAUACUUGUUGUUGUUGUUGUGAAGAGAAGUGCUGAAGAGAGAGUAGGGGGAGGGCAAGCGAAGGUAUGAAGGGAGAGAUGUCACAUAUAGGAGGGAGAAGACACGAUAUCAUGACAUGACAUGACAUGAUCCAAAGUACGUACGUACGAGAUAGUUGAGUAAUAAGCGAAACUGAGCGAUUUUAGCGAGCGGUUUAGUUUCGGCGACUUGAUUUGAUUUGAUUUGUUCUGAUUUUGAUUUGAUUUCAAUCCAGCCUAGUUCUGCUUGGCCUGGAGGCGUUGGAAUAAGCGAGAUUUACAUUUACCUUCUGCAAUCUACCUACUUGUGUACAUAGUAUAAUAGGAGAUGAGAUGAGAUGAGAUGAGAUGAUAUCCCAGGGUAGGUAGCAAUUACAAUACAGCACUGAUUGCAAUACACCACGG